UCCACUUUUCAAGAUGGCAGCCCACAUGGCAAGAUUGUCUAAAAAUUGUUUAUCCUUCUUUAAUCUUUAUCGACUAGGUACUGGCAGCAAACAUUUAUUGGGACCAUCUGCAGAAACUUUACUGUGUAGAUGUUUCAGCAGCACACAAUUUAUUCAGACAGACGGAAGUCAUGCAAUAGUAGAAACAGCUGAUGGUGAUACGAUUGUGUGUUACCACCCGUCAGAACCUUUCCCAUAUGAACACACAAAGCCAAUUCUAAGACCAGACCCAUCCAAACCAGAGGAGACAACAGACUCUAUCCUCAAGAUGAAAAUGACGCAGGAACAAUGGAGUAAAGAAAAGAAGGGGCCGAAUUAUAACGAGCUUGCCAAGAUGUUCUACACAACAAAGCAUAGGUGGUAUCCACUGGGUAUCAGAAGGAGAAUGAAGGUCAACAGAAACCCACCUCGUGAUCGUCCAUACCUUUAAUGCUCUUCACUGGACAAACCUGUAUGAUGCCAUAAAUGAACACCACUUGAGUGAACUUUUGGAUACCGUUCCAGGCCUGGAAUUUCAUCUUUGAGAUGGCAAGGCCAUUUUCCUUUUUAAAGGGGCACUGACUUGCAUUGUACAAUCUUUAAGUCAAGAGAUACUUUUGAAGGCCAAGACAAGGGCAACGGACCUUCGUGUACUUCAAGGCCUACCGUUUGAAUACUCAACAUGCAUAAGAAGACUUGAAUGUACCCUUUGUAUAUAUAGGAAUGGCGAAUAACCAAGUGUGUCUGUUUAUAAAUGUUAUAAAUGUUUUUUCAAUAAAAAAAACCCAAUGAUUGAUAGAAGGCUAACUUUGCAUAGUGGGAGUAUAUUCAGGUGAUUUUUUAUUUUGCUUGCGAUAGCACCUCGUGUAAAUCUCUCCUGAGAAGUAGCAUCCUCCUCAAGACAAUCUGAUCAUGGUGCUAUCGCAAAAAUAAUGAAAGUGGCUUCUUACAUAUAUAUAUCGCUCAUAUCCAGCACUCGGUGUCGCUCAAGGCGUUCCAACAUUCAGUAUUUUCCUGCUAGGUAUGUGGGGGGCUACAUUUAAAGUAUGAGACCUACUCCCUUUACACAGCACCACGUAUUGGUUUACAAGGUGCUGAGAAACAAUAUGCAACCGUUCAAACCAGGAACAAUGAGGCAAACCGGGUCAACCCCCUUUUAUCCAAAUUCUCCUUAUGCUACCAUUGUUUUUUAUAUAAAAAAAAGUUAAUGCAAUAAUGGAGCAUAAAUUUGUGUGCGUAUUGCUUCUCACUUAAACAAAGACAGGUAUGUAACUUUAAUUGUUGUCAAAUCCUAGUUGUAUUACCUGGUAUUAAAAAGACUUGUAAAAGCUAUGGCUGAUGUCAAGGAAGUGA